AUGCGCGACCAGACGGGCGAGCUGACGAUCCAGCUCAAGGAGGCGCGGUCGCAGUCCGAGUCGCUCGAGGAGGAGCUGGCCGAGAUCCAGAAGCACCUUUCGGAGCGAUCGCGCGAGGCGGAGCGCAUGCGCGGGCUACUUGCUGACGUUGACGAGCGCGCCGAUAGUAAAGUGCGGGAGAUGCGGGCGCGAAUGGAGGCUGCGAUUGAGGAGCGGGACCGGAUGGAGGACGAGUCGAGCACGCUCGCGCGCCGCAAGACGAGGGAGACGGAGGAGCUGAAGCAGAAGAUUCGCGACCUGGAGCGGGAUAUCAAGACACUUUCGACGGAGAAGGAGGAGCUGGAGGGCCGGGAGAGGGAGUGGAGGCGGAGACGGGAGGAGCUCGAGUCCGUGGAGGAGAAGGCCGAGGCCGAAGUCAAGGAGAUGCGGUCUGCUGUUUCGGAUCUGCGGACGACGCUGGAUGCGUCGGAGCAGCAAGUUCGGGACGCCGAGAGGCAAAAGUCUGAUUUGAGACGGUUGCUUGAAGAGUCCAAGCAGAGGUUUGACAAGGUGAAUAAGGAGCUCAAGACGGUCCAGACCAAGCUCGGGGCGAGUGUCACGAGUGGCCGGAGUUCGAUGGACUCGAACCGGUCUGGGUUGAAUGGUGGACCUGCGGCUGGAGGUGCAGGGGGCUCUGCGGAUACGUUGUAUCUCAAGACGAUUAUGUUGCAGUUUUUGGAGCAGAAGGAUAACAAGUUGCGGGAGCAGCUUGUGCCUGUCUUGGGGCGGAUUCUCAAGUUUGACAAGAGCGAUGAACAGAAGUGGAAGAGUGCGAUUCAGCACAUCACUGUGAGGUGA